AUGAGGGGAGCGUCCGAGAAAGUUCAGCGCCGGGGUCGGUCCUGGUGCAGACUGGUUUGGUCCGGUGCUCGCCAGACUCAGGGGUCAGCACCCUCCGUCCGCACUCCUGCAGGGGACGCUCUGCGGACGCACAGAGGCUCGCUCUCCGCCGCCCCUCAGGCCCCCACCCCUGCAGGUUCGCCGCCCCCUCUUGAGGGCUGGGCCGGCCUCCCCGGAAGCCGGGGCCGCGCGCGCCGCGGGAGCGGAAGUAAAGAGGCGUCAGCGAGGGAGGCAGGAAGGGGAAGCUCCUCUCCAGACGCAGCUCUGUACCAGUUCUGGGACCCGACCCCUCCAGGGCGCACGGCCACCGUCUGCUCUCCCGGCCACCACCGUUUCUCUAGCUCGGCGGGCUCUCCGGAAGAAGCCCCGAGGCCCCGCCGUCCUCAGAAGUCCCGUCACCCGCCCGACGGCUUCCCGGCGACGGCGGCUACCGUGCAGACGGGUCCGUGCGGGUGCUUCACGGCGGCGGAGUCCCGUCCGCUCGGCCCGCUCUUCCGUCUCGCGCGCGGGGGCGCACCGAGGGCAGCGGCGCCGGGCGGGGCUGUCCGGUGGCGCGCGCCCCCGUCGGUGCCGCGUCUGACUUCAGACGGGCGCCCGAGAGCGGCCCCGAGGUCCCGGCUGCGGGACCAGCUUUCGCGCGCCCGCAGCGGCCCUCGCGUCGGGAGGCUCGUGCGCGCUCGGGAGGAGCGCGCUCCCGCGUGUCCGGACGCCGCGCCCCACGCCCGGGGCCGCCGUUCCCCGGGGACGGGAGCGGGAGCGGGGACGUGCCCUGAGGCUGGCCAGGCCGCGCGACUGUACGACAAGCACACGGGCCGACGUUUAUUUGGUUCCUUUCCGAAGUCACUUCCGUGCCCCAGUGUGAACUUUAGCCGCCGCAGCCCAGGGCGGCACCCUCCGGCCCCGAACGAGCACUCGCGGAGCAUCUCCCGGACGGACAGUAAUCCCCGCUGGGCCUGGCGCCAGCAAAAAGGCUUGACCGGAGUAGGGCCCGUGCAAGGGGCGAGGUCCCGCGGCGAGGAGCCCCGGCGGAGGACGCCGUUGGCGGGGACGGCUCGGGGUGCGGGGCCCCCGCGCGCAGGCGGGCGCCGCAGACGUGGCCACGCGACCGGGAGCUCGGGGGAGGGCCGAGCCGUCGGGCCUGGCCCGGUCAGGGCGUGCGCGGGGCGGACGAGGAGGCCCAGGCACGAGGGAAACCUCGGGCGCGGCUCCACGGACGAUGCGCGCGGGCCCUCCUCCGCGGCGCGGCGGCGGGAGAAGCUGCCGCAGGGCGGAGCCGGGCGGGGACGGGGCCCGGGCCGAGCCGGCCGCCCGGGAUCGCGAGGAGGGCGCCGCCGUCGCCCCCCCCCCCCCCUCGGCCGGCCGGCCGCCGCCAACCCCAAGUCUCGCGCUUCCCAGACAUCUCGCGAUGCCGUCCGCUAGGCGUCUCGGCUCCCUUGUAAAUCUGCGCCAGAUCGCUCGGCUUUCAGAAGGUAUCGCGGUACUUUCGCUUUUGCUAUUUUCGGUGUUUUAACAGCCCCUGUAAGAAAAUUUUAAGUCCGUUUUUAAUACUGUAGGUUGGUAAGACCUCUCUUCCUGCUGCUCCGAUCGGCGUAGUUGUGUAGGAAAUUAGGGGGAGGAGGAAAAAAAUGAUGUGUCAGAAGUGGGAUUCGAACCCACGCCUCCAUUCGGAGACCAGAACCCCCAGCGCGGGGAAGCGGAGCUUGAGUCUGGCGCCUUAGACCACUCGGCCAUCCUGACACCCUGCGGAAGGCGGGAGAUUUUCCGCUAAAGUAGAUGUGGAGGAGCGCGCUUCUGUGACGUGCGCGCGUCGGAGGGAGCGCUGACGACAGAGGCGCCGCCGGCGGAGGACAGAGCCCCCUGUGGAUCGGCCGGGAACCUCGGCGGAGGAGCGCGGGUGCUGGGGCGCGAACGCGGACACGGCUUCCCGCGGCCGGACAGCGGCGGGCGCGCCUGGAGGACAGGGCGCCGGCUCUGAGCCCUCUGCUCGGCUCCCAGCCUCUCGCCCUCACCCGCGUCCCGGAGCGCCAGUGGUUUUCAUCUGACGAGAGAGGAACGACAGCACACGGAACAGAAGCCCCCAAUUCCGUGGCACGGCCCCCGCCUCCCCACGAGGGCCCCGCACUGGUCCGGGAGUUUGCUGGGCUCCGAAAGCGCCUGCGCCCGGGCGCACGUCUGCAGGGGCAGGGGCAGGGGCAGGGGCAGCGGAGGGUACAGGAGCGGGAGGAGGGGCAGGGGCAGGGGCAGGGCGAGGCAGGGGCGGGCAGCGGCGGGGGCCCUACUCCCGGUCCUGGGGCCGCUCUUGGCCGCUCGGAGCCGAGCCACGCGUCCGCUGUCGGGUCUGGGACACCGGUGGCCCCGCGCCACACCGCCCGACGGAGGCUUUCCCCGCUUUGUCAGCUGUCCUCCCGCGGGACGGAGAGCCCCUGGGGGUCCGGGACACUGCGCAGAAGAAACCCCCGCAGGCCUGCUGCCGGCCCAGGACGCGGCCUGCGUGCGAGGCAGGGGCUCAAUAGAUGGAUCCGACCACUUGUUUCGGCCGCUCUGCUUUGGGCUAAUAGAGACGGAUUUGAGAAUGUUAAGUACAUUUUGUCCCGGUGGGUUAUUUUCUGUAUUGACACAAAAACGUUUUUCUUUCUGUAAGGCAAAGGUUAGGUCUCUUUUCUUCAUGAAAAGAGAAAUAAUUUGAGUUUUGGUAGCCCUAGCUUAGAUUUCCAGAUUGCCCUGGGCAACUUAAUUUACAUUUUCGCAAUCUGUGGAGAUAACUAAAAGCCCAGUUAAGUAUUUUAUAAUUUGAGGCCACUUAAGCCAUGCUUGGGAUGCUGUUUGAAAGAAAGAAAAAUACACUUCACAUAUUUCUGCACCUUCACCUUUGCUCCUAAAUAAACCCGUGGAUGAUCUGAUGAGGGGUAAACGGACAUAUUUCGUGUACACGCAUACCAAGGACAUACUCGUGGCCGAAGUGAGGUGAUAAUGUUGUGCAAAGGAUAGUCGUCACCAACUCAUUUCUUUAGGGUCCUUAAUGAAAUAAACAUCUUGUAUACUGUUAAUUCCGUAAACAGAUGCAUGUUCAAAAUCUCCAUCAUGAUCUUGUAAUCUUAAUAUAUUUUAGAUAUUUUAAUUUUUUCCCUCUUGGGGAAUACAUUCAGUAUAGUGUAGAAAGGACUUAAUGACAUUUUCCUACAUAAACAUAAAAUUUAUUGUAGAUAAUUCUUUAAACCAGACAUUUUAAUCUAGGACUUCAGUUUAAUCUAUUCCUUGAAUCUAUUUUUAUGUAGCCCUUAAAAACAUAUCCAAAAACCCAUUACUAAUAUAGCGAUAAAAAUACUUUGGGUAUUGCAGUGUUUAUAUAUAAAAUUGCAAACUUGAAUUCAUAUUCUUUUCUGUAAUAUGUUAUACUAAAAUCAAAAUGCUUUUGCACCAUUUUUUAAAACAAUAUUUUCUUUUGAUGUUGGUACCAUAUUUACUGUAAAUGCUGCUCUGGGAGUUAGACAUUUUGUUAGUGAAGAUACAGCCAGAACACUAAAUUAUGGGUAAAAAAUUCAGACUAGGUGGCAUAGGUAAGUAUUUUUAGGCUUCAUUCAGAAUUUAAUUAUCAUACGAUGCAAUUUUUUCUGGAAAGGAAAAAACAUGGUUUGUUUUUCAUUGUUAGGUUGUAUUUUUCUGUAGGAAAGAGGAAUUUUUUGGUCCAUGUUGUAAGCCUCAUUCAUACUUCAAUUUUAAAGUUGUCUUGUGUGUAUUUAUAGCAAAUAGACGACUUUGAGAUUGGAGUCUCCUAAGAGUUUGAUUUGCUCAUUUUUCCCUAAAAUAAAUACUGUCUUUCAAAAAGAAGGGAAGGAAGGAAGGAAGGAAGGAAGGAAGGAAGGAAGGAAGGAAGGAAAAGAGAGGAAAUGGUAGUGAGGAAGACAGGAAACAAUGGUUUCCUAAUUUCCCUCCCUCAAAGAUGUGAGAUUUGCUGUACUGUCUUCCAUAAGCUAUAGUUCUGUAGGAAGGAAGUUACCCCAGAAGUGAUUCUAGAGGUGGCAGUUGUAACCUCUUUAAAAUGUGUAAUUACUACUGCUUUUCUAAUUGCAAGCUACUGCAGAUACCCCAUAUCAAACCGCUACAAUUGAACAUCGCAUAAUUUCUAACUUCUCUCUUGUCAGCAACACUCUAAAGAACAUUCUUAUGUAGAUAAUUAUUUUCAAAUACCUAUAAUUAUUUCCUUAAAAAUUUCUAGAAGUAAAAUCCCUAAAGUUUAUCCAGUUUUAAAAGCUUUUGAUACGUACUGUCCAACUGCCUACCAGAAAAUCUGAAGCAAUCUAGAUAUCGCAAACCUGACCAACAAAGGGUACUAUGAUUAAACAACAAAACAUUUUAAUGGGUGAAAGGUGGAAAGGCGUUGUUCCAUAGCUUUAUUAGUGAGGUUCAACAUUCGUGUUUGCAGUUAAUUGCUUAUCAAAUUUUUAUUGAGGUGUUCAUCUUUCCUUAUUGAUUUGUGAAACUCAUUAUAUGAAAGAUAAACCCCGGUGAUAGUUUCUAUUUACCAAGAACACAGGCAGAAAUUCCUUUUGCUAUAUAUAUAUUUUUUAAAGAUUUUAUUUAUUUGAGAGAGAGAGAGAGAGAGCGCACAUGAGAGCGGGGAGGGUCAGAGGGAGAAGCAGACUCCC